GCUCGCAGGAGGAUCGAGCUAGGACAGGGACGGAUUCGGUAUGGGAUUAUGGUGGGUUGGAGAUGGGAGAGAAUGGGGGUAGAUGGGGUCAGGAUGGGAUCCAGAUGGGGUCGAGGUGGGAUCUGGCUGCGACCUGGGUGGGGAUAGAUGGGAUCGGGCUGAAAUCGAGUAGAGAUCAGGCUGGGGUCGACGAGAGAUCGGAACAGGCUGGGGGUGGGAUCGGAACAGAGUUAGGCUGUGAUGAGGUGGGGGCAGUUGGCUUCGGGAUGAGAUGGGACCGUGGAGAGACGGGAUGGUAUCGAGAUGGUUUCUGGGUGGGAACAGGACAGAGUGCUUCCGUGGAUUUCAUGGACACCCUGGUGACUAGUAAGAGUGGCAAGAGGCACAUCUUCGUCAUCAUCAAUCGAUUCACCAAGUACGCUAGACUAGUGGCUAUGCCAGAGACCGCAAGAACUGACUAUGUCAUCAAGUUGUUCAAGGACAACCGGGUGUGUGACUUUGGUUUACCAAAGUCAAUCGUUAGUGACCGAGAUGUCCGAUUCACAAGUGAGCUGUGGAAGAAGACUGCAGAACAGAUGGGCAGUCAACUUCAAAUGACUUCAGGGAAUCAUCCCGAAGCCAAUGGACAGUCCAAGCAAAUGAACAGAGUUGUACAGCACUUGCUGAGGCAUUACAUCAAGCCCAACCAGGAUGACUGGGAUGAGCAGUUGCCUCUCAUCGCCAGCCUGUACAACAAUGCUGUCCACAGCAGUACCGGCGUUAGUCCUAACCAGCUACACUUGGGAUGGAAGCCUAGAUCAGCACUAGACUUCCUCCCGCUGCAACUCCCGACACACUUGAGUAUGGUGUGCAGUAUGAGAAGUUGCUGCAAGAGGCUGUCGAGCACAUGAAGAAAGUUCAGCAAGCAAUGAUUGCUUCUGAUAAUCAACAUCGUAGACAGUC